AUGGAACGUACGUGUUUGAUUCUUGGACUGUUAUGUAAAGUGUUGUUAGUCAGAGGGCAGUUCAAUGGAUUUAACUGUGAUGCUAACUUUCAUAGCCGAUUCCCUGCUGAGCGGGACAUCAGCGUGUACUGUGGAGUACAGACCAUCACCCUGAAGAUAAACUUCUGUCCAGUGCUUUUCUCUGGCUACACCGACACUGACCUGGCCCUGAAUGGGCGACAUGGCGAUGCCCACUGUCGAGGCUUUAUUAACAACAACACCUUCCCUACGGUGGUGCUGUUCAGCAUCAGCCUCAGCACGCUGGAGGCUUGCGGCAAUUCGCUAGUGGUAUCCACGGCCCAGGGGCCUAAUGCAUAUGGAAACCUCUCACUGGUGCAGAUUGGGAAUAUAUCGGGGUACAUCGACACACCUGAUCCCCCCACUGUCAUCAGCUACCUGCCUGGUCUGCUUUAUAAAUUCAGCUGCAGUUAUCCACUGGAGUAUCUGGUGAACAACACACAGCUCGCAUCGUCUGCCGCAGCAAUUUCAGUGAAGGAGAGUAACGGUACUUUUGUGAGCACUCUAAACUUAAUGCUCUACAAUGACUCCACAUACGUCCAGCAUCUGGCUAUUCCCAUGGCAGGCCUUACUCUGAAGACCCGUGUGUAUGCUGCUGUAAGGGCUGCAAACCUGGAUAGAAGGUGGAACGUGCUGAUGGAUUACUGUUACACCACUCCCUCUGGGAAUCCUAAUGACCAGCUCAGAUAUGAUCUUUUCGUUGGUUGUGACAAGGACCCGCAGACAACAGUGUUUGAGAACGGAAAGAGUCAAAUGGGUCGUUUUUCAUUUGAAGUGUUCCGCUUCGUCAAGCACAAGAACCAGAAAAUGUCCACUGUCUUUUUGCACUGUGUGACCAAGCUGUGCCGUGCUGACGACUGCCCCAUGCUCGUCCCGAUUUGUGGAUUCCGUAAAAAACGGGAUGUUUCAGAGAACACAAAUUCUAACACAGUAUCUGGAAACGCGGUCAUAACUGCAGGACCGAUCAUCACCCGGAGUGAUGAAACCCCGACUAAUAAUUCUCAGCUGGCUCUGCUAAACAGGGCUCCGUUCAAGAUGAACUCAGUCACAAGCGCUCUGGUGUCGGGCAUCAUCAUCCUCGCCGUGAUGAGCAUGUGCUUCUUCAUCUUCUCUCUGACGCUCCUGAAGGGGAAACGAUCUUCACCUACGGUGCUGUCCGGAGUCCGCAACCCCGAUUUCAACUGAACUCGGACAAACACGCAGCGCAAGCUUUUAUAAACGGCGUACUGGUGCAUUAUGUAGGAUCUGUGUGUUGAAAUUUCAUACCAUUAAUGAGUGAAAUUAGUUCAUGUUAUUA